AUGGCCGGCAAUAUAUCCAUCUCGCCAUUCCUGUUCCAGCGUUGCUUCCAGCAAGCAUGGUCCGGAUCGCGACGGGCUCGCGUCAAUUAUGGCAGCACUAAAUAUGGAAAGAAACCCGGUGAUAAUGAUUUGCAGCUUCCACGGAGGUUUGGAAUCGCUGUGAGUGGCGGCGCCGACUCUAUGGCUCUGGCAUACUUAUGCAAGCAACUGGAACGUUCUUCUGAUGUUGCUGGAGCCAUUUCUGUCACUGCCUUUGUGGUAGAUCAUCGUGCCCGCCCGGAAAGCACCAUUGAGGCACAAAAGGUUGCUGGCUGGCUUCGUGAUAUGGAUAUCAGAACCCAUAUCCUUAGCUUGGACUGGUCUGAAAUUACUUCAAAUCAAAAUGAGUUGUCUUCGAAAAAGUCCGGAGCAUCAAGUCCACUGCCAUCUGCCUUUGAGACACAUGCUCGACGACUCCGCUUCCAAGCCCUCGGCAUAGCUUGUCAUGAGUUCAAACUUGAAACUUUGCUCCUAGGUCAUCAUCAAGAUGAUAAUGUCGAAACCACCAUUUGGCGGCUCUCCGCCGGGGCAACUGGUUUAGGUCUCGGCGGCAUUCCUGAAGUUGCUCGAAUUCCCGAAUGCCAUGGUCUUUUCGGGGCUUCUGAGAGCUGGUCAACUACAUCAAUCCCGACCAAAUCACCAGCAAAACCCCAACCCAGAGUUCGAUUCGAUAAUCAGAAGAACGGGCUCAUCACUUUCCCCGACCCAAGCACUAGGACAGAUAAGAUCUACUCCAGUCUUACAUCUAAUGUCAAAAUGGCAAGCCCCGGCAUAUUCAUCUGCCGACCUCUACUCUCUUUCACCAAAGCAAGUCUUCUAGAGACCUGCCACAAAAACCAAAUCCCUUACGUCUCCGACCCAACAAAUUUCGACCCAACCCUCACACCCCGGAACGCCAUCCGCAGUCUUCGCACCUCAAACUCUCUACCCCGUGCAUUGGAAUCACAAUCCAUUUUAUCCCUAAUCCGUUCAAGCCAAGAGCUCCUCCAGAGAUCAAACGAGCUCUCGAACUGCCUCCUCUCAUCCCAAUGCCGAAUCCUAGAUUUCAACCCCAAGGCAGGGUCAGCGGUCAUUCAAUUCCUGGAGACAAGCCCGGCAUCCAUGGACCCACAACUGGCAACAUUAUCAGCCUCUCGAACCCGACAGAUCCAAACCAUCGCUCUCCGCCGCAUCACAGAACUACUCUCUCCAUUCCCAGAUAAUCAUUUCUCGCUACGCAGCUACGAGCCACUUGUUUCUAAUGUGUUCACUGAUCUAGAUGGGUCUCAUGGCACAGACGAUCAGAAGAGAAGAAAAGCGUUCACAGUAGCGGGUGUUCUAUUCCAGCGUCUCGCGAACGAAGCCCCCACCCCUGAUAAAUCCCAAGAUACACAUCCCAGUGAUAAUAUUUGGUUGUUAUCUCGACAACCAUUUAUGAGAAACCGUGACCCCGUGAUGCAAAUCAAUGUUUCGCCUAGUGGCAGUUUUACUCCGUGGGUUUUGUGGGACAACCGGUACUGGAUGCGGCUUCGUCUUGUUCCGGUUGACCGUGAUCCCAAUCAAUUAAAGGAUGGACUAAUCAGUCUUCCUCUUACGAUACGUCCGUUCCAUAAAUUUGAUAUGGAACGGAUACGCAAAGAUGCGGUUAGUUCAAGGCCGCAAGAUGCUGCUGCUAAACAAAAAAUGCCCGGGACUUUUGAGCAUGUUAAAGCCCUCUUGUCUGCUGAAGCGCCUGCUCAGCUGCGCUUUACUUUACCUGUGAUAUCACGGGAAGGUAUUUUGUCUAAGCCGGGAAAGCCUCUGGGUCAAAAAGUUUGGCAACAGUUGGCAUUGCCGACUUUGGACUAUCGAUUAUCUGGUCAUUCACACAAUUAUUCCUCUCCCAGUGAGGUGGAACUGAUACACCUACGCUGUCGCUGGAAACUGAAAUGGCAGUGGAUGUACAAAAUGAUUGACACUGAGGCACUACGCCUGAUGGGCUGGCCAGUGGGUAAAGAUACCGAAGACUCUUAG